GCAGCCUUCAGUCUGCCUAGUCGUCCACAGCUCGCAACCCGCGGAUUUACAAUCAACAAUUGAGUCACAAUUCUGCUCAGGGAUAUCUUUCUCUCCCAUCGGUAUAUUUCCUAAAUAUGAGGUGGUUUGUGUCUCUGAAAAUGGUCUAGCUAAAAUCUCUGAUUCGUGAAGCAGCAGCAGCCUGUUAGCACUGAGCAAGGAUGUCCAGUAGCUCGGGCUACCCCCCCAGCCAGGGCAGCUUCAGCAGCGAGCAGAGCCGAUACCCACCACAUUCUGUCCAGUACACCUUCACCGGCACGCGCCACCAACAGGAUUUCACCGUCCCAGACUAUAGGACUCAUAUGCAAGAUCCACAGGGUCGGAGAAGACCAUCUUUACUGUCUGAAUUCCACCCUGGAGCUGAAAGGCCUCCAGAGAGACGCCAUGGUUACGAACAGCAGUUUCACUCCAUCACAGCCCAGUCUGAACAUGAGGCCUUGGAGGCGAAACGCCCUCGCAUGGAGACUGUUGCUGAGGCCCACAUUGCCCGCACCCCUCCCACAGCUGGGGGUAUUGUCAUGCCCAUAACCCAUACGGUGCAGGACAGUCUAAGAGCCACUGUGGAGGUCAAAAAGGAGUCUCAGUUCACUGUCAAAGUGGAGUCUCAGUCCCCAGGAGGACCUACGCUACAUAUGGGGGAGGAGCAGGAUACGUCGCCCUCCAAACUGUCCAAGGAGGAGCUGAUCCAGAGCAUGGACCGUGUGGACAGAGAGAUAGCUAAAGUGGAGCAGCAGAUUUUCAAGCUGAAGAAAAAGCAGCAACAACUGGAGGAGGAAGCAGCAAAGCCAGUGGAGCCAGAAAAGCCAGUGACCCCUCCACCAGUGGAGCACAAGCACCGCAGCAUAGUCCAGAUCAUCUACGAUGAGAACAGGAAAAAAGCUGAAGAGGCCCAUAAAAUACUGGAAGGUCUUGGUCCUAAGGUUGAGCUGCCCCUGUACAAUCAGCCAUCAGACACAAAGGUGUACCAUGACAACAUCAAGACAAACCAAGUCAUGAGGAAGAAGCUGAUUUUGUUUUUUAAGAGGAGGAAUCACGCUCGUAAACAAAGGGAGCAGAAGAUCUGCCAGCGCUAUGACCAGCUGAUGGAAGCGUGGGAGAAGAAGGUGGAGCGAAUGGAGAACAACCCCAGACGCAAAGCCAAGGAGAGCAGGACACGGGAGUACUAUGAAAGGCAAUUCCCUGAGAUACGCAAGCAGAGAGAGCAGCAGGAGCGCUUCCAGAGGGUUGGACAAAGAGGAACAGGCCUGUCUGCAACAAUUGCAAGAAGCGAGCAUGAGAUUUCUGAAAUUAUAGAUGGCCUUUCUGAGCAGGAGAACAACGAGAAACAGAUGAGACAGCUGUCAGUCAUCCCUCCCAUGAUGUACGACUCUGAGCAGAGGCGAGUGAAGUUUAUCAACAUGAAUGGCCUGAUGGAUGACCCAAUGAAGGUGUACAAAGCCCGGCAGUUCAUGAAUGUUUGGACCGAACACGAAAAGGAGAUCUUUAAGGAGAAGUUUGUCCAACACCCCAAGAACUUCGGCCUGAUUGCCUCCUAUCUGGAGAGAAAGUGCGUUGCUGACUGUGUCCUUUACUACUACUUGACCAAGAAGAACCAUAAUUACAAGACGCUGGUGAGGCGAAACUAUGGAAGACGGAGAGGAAGGAACCAGCAAAUAACACGUCCCUCACAAGAAGACAAGUCAGACGACAAAAACGAAGAGGACAAAUCCGAGAAGUCCGAGAAAAAAGAGGACGAAGAAAAGAAGGACGAGGAAGAGAAAGAUGAAAAGGAGGAUUCUAGGGACAUUGGCAAGGACAAAGACAAGUGUGACGGUGGGGAGGACGAGGACGGAAAGGAGCAAAACACGCCGCGUGGCAGGAAGACUGCCAACAGCCAGGGCCGCCGUAAGGGAAGGAUCACAACACGCUCCAUGGCCAAUGAGGCUGCAUCUGUGGCGGCUGAGGAGGCACCUCCCCCUGCCACUGAGUCUGCCUUGCCAGAUCCUCCACAGCUCCCUAAACCUGAUCCAGCGCAGAAGGCUAUAAAGGAGCCUGCAAAACCCCAGACUCCAGUCGCUUCCAUGGAUGCUAAUAAAGCUGGUGCUGGUGAAACCGGAGAAACUUCUCGCUGGACCGAGGAGGAGAUGGAAGUCGCCAAAAAAGGGCUGGUUGAGCAUGGGCGAAACUGGACGGCAAUUGCCAAAAUGGUUGGCACCAAAAGCGAAGCACAGUGCAAGAACUUCUAUUUCAACUACAAGAGACGUCACAACCUGGACAACCUGCUACAGCAGCAUAAGCAGGACACACGGCGGGCUCGUGCUGAUAGGUCUCAAGGUGAAGGUCUAGCCACAGCAUCACCCGAUGAUGAUGAUGAGGACAACCCCGAUGACAGUGAAGGCGGUGACAACAGCUCUGAUACAGAAAGUGCCCCCUCCCCUUCUCAGGCUGACUCCUCAAAGUCUGGUGACUCCAAGAGGGCAGACAGCACUGCGGGUGAUGCUCAGUGCUCUGACCAGGACAAAGGUCAGGCCAGCAAUGGAAAGGCCCUGGAGCCCUCAUAUGGGGAACUCUGUGUCAAGGAAGAGAAAAGCCCAGAGAGCGAGACUGGCUCUCAGGACGCCAGGGUGGCCGCAUAUGCAGGCUCGGUGCAUCCCAAAACUGAACCUCAGGAUGUGGACAUGAAGACUGGAGAGGUUCAGGUCAAGAUGGAGCCUGAGAUCAAGGAGAGAGGAGAAAAGGGAGAUCAUGGUGGAAGAGAGCUUCAUUCAGAUAAUGACUCCAGUGCCACCUGCAGUGCUGAUGAGGAUGUGGACGCAGAGCCUGAAAGAAGAAUGUUCUCCAUGGAAAAGCCUUCAUUGCUUAGCCCCCCAGGUUCGGUGCUGGUGUCCUCGCCCAAGCAAACCCAACUUAACAUCCAGCAGCUGCAGCAGCGGGCAGCUGCCAUCCCACCUAUGGUACCUGGUCCUUUUGGCCCCGGUGGUGUGCCCAUUAGUGGAUUUGCCAUGUUGCAACACCAGAUCAAAGCAGCGCAUGAAUCGGCACACCAAGAGGAGAAGCAGAGGCAGGAUCAGGGAGACCUGGAGCGCAGACCCCCCUUCAACACACGCAGCCCCACCAUAAUAGACCGAGAUGGUAAGCCCUUACCCUACAUGCCUUAUGACAUGAAGCUGGCUCUGGACCAGGAGGCCCACUCUGGUCGGCCAGGCUCUCCCUACAGACUCUCCCCCAGGGAGCUGAGCAAGGCCUCACCCCAGCCUGACCCCAACGCCCCCAGUGUCUCCCGCUACAGUGUGCCACCAGUCCUCCACCCUGCCCCCAACCAGCUAGUCCAGAGUAUGCCAGAUGGAGUCCGUGUGACGUUCAGCAGACCCAGUCGACCUCCCAACAUUCCCUCUCCUCCUCCACUCAUUCCAACCACCAAGCCCACGGACAAGCCCUCCUUCAUCCAAGGCGGCUCCAUCUCCCAGGGAACUCCUGGCACAUACCUGCCGUCCCAUGCCGUUUAUGGGCCAGAAGGGACUAAGAGCACUGUGGGCUCCAUCUCUCUGGGUCUGCCUCGACAGCAAGAUCCUAACAAGCCUGGAGCUGUAGUUCCAUCUAUGCAGGAUGGCAGAGGCAACCCAGCAAAGGUGGGCGAGGGUCUGGCCUUCAGAGGAUCAAUCACUCAGGGCACCCCAGCCCUGCCCCAGUCUAGCAUUGCUGCAGACCUCCUGAAGGGCACAAUCACAAAGCUGGCCACAGAGGACCUAAGCAGCUCAGACAAGGCAAGGGGAGAACUGGCUAAAGGUCACGUCAUCUAUGAAGGCAAGAGUGGUCACAUCCUCUCCUAUGAUGCUAUCAAGAACCCCAGGGAAAACACCCGCAGCCCCAGAACAGGCCAUGAGCUGAAACGCACUUACGACAUGAUGGAAGGACCCAUGGGCAGGGGGCAUCCUGGCAGGGAAGGCGCUCCAUUCGAAGGGUUGAUUAGCAGAGCCUUGCCCAGAGAUGGUCUACAUGCAGAUUCUAAGGACAGACCAUUGAUCACUGGAUCCAUCAUGCAAGGAACACCUAGAACAGCUGCAGAGACCUAUGAAGAGGCCAUGAAAUAUGGAAAACAGAUAAAGCGAGAGAGCCCGCCGAUCCGCUCCUUCGAAGGGGGUAUUGGCAAGGGCAAGCCCUAUGAAGGAGUCAAUACUAUCAAAGAGAUGGGACGCUCCAUUCACGAAAUCCCCAGACAAGAUCAGUCUGGUCAGGACAUCUGCAAGACCCCUGACCUGUCGGACAGGAGGGUUAUGGAUGGCUCCAUAUCUCAGAUUCACCCUCUCAACCAGCCUACUAUCAAGCACAAUGUCAAGUCCUUAAUCACCAGUCCUUCUAAGCUUCCCCACAGCAUGCCUCAGCUCGAAGCCAUGGAACGAGUCAAAUACGAGGAGAGCAAGGCAGUACGCCACACUUCUGUGGUCAACUCUACCACCUCUGUCCUGCGCUCCACACACCAGGAGGCCAGCAAAUCCCAGCUUAGCCCGGGCAUGUAUGAGGACGCCAAUGCUCGCAGGACCCCUGUUAACUACAGCACCAAUCCCGUGUCCAGAGGCUCACCCAUGCUGGGACGUGCUCCAGAGGGUGGUAUGAGCUCUACAAAAUCUGCUCCACAUGAAAGAAAGAGUACCAUGACCCCAACACAGAGGGACAGUGUCCCAGCCAAGUCCCCAGUGUCGGGUGGUGACCCUGUAGCCUCUCACAGCCCCUUUGACCCCCACCACCGGCCAGUUGUUCCUGGGGAAGUGUAUCGAGCCCACCUGCCUCCGCAUCUCGAUCCCGCACUGGCUUUCCACAGAGUGCUGGAUCCUGCCUUCAUGUUCCCUAGGCAGCCGUCCCCGACAGGCUACCACAACACCUACCAGCUGUACACCAUGGAGAACACGCGGCAGACCAUCUUUAACGAUUAUAUCACGUCCCAGCAGAUGCAAGUCAUCCCUAGGCCUGACAUGGCCCGAGGCUUGUCACCACGGGAACAGCCCGUCACUAUUCCUUACGCAGCCGGAACUCGAGGGAUUAUUGAUCUAGCCCAGAUGCCUCCAACUAUCCUGUUGCCUCACCCUGGGGGAACAGGUACUCCCACUUUGGAACGCAUCGCCUACCUCCCUGGAGCUCAGCCCCCUUUCCCUCCUAGGGCUUUCAACCCAACCUCCAUAUCGCCAGGCCACCCAGCCCACCUUGCUGCUGCUGCUGCCAGUGUGGAGAGGGAACGGGAGAGAGAGCGUGACCGGGAGCAACAGGAGAAAGAGAGAGAAAAGGAAAGAGAAAGGGAGCAGCGGGAGAGGGAGCGGGAGCGAGAGCGAGAACGUGAGAGGGAGCGGGAAAUACGAGAGCGAGAGCGAACCAAUGAAUACAUCCGUGGAGGUGGACCAGAGCAGCCAGGCCGGCCGGUGAGUCGAGGUUAUCUGCACUCCCCUUCUCCCUCCCUCAGGACGCAGGAUGUAGUGGUUCAGCAACGGCCAAGCAUCUUCCAGGGCAAGAGUGUCAUCACCUCGCUAAUGCCCCAUUCAGCAGCAGUGACAGCAGCAGCCCAGAGUAGCUCUCGCUACAGUACUGCAGCCGAUGCUCUGGCCGCUCUGGUGGACGCUGCAGCCUCUGCCCCGCAGAUGGAAGUGGCAAAGGUGAAGGAGAGCAAACAUGAACGGGAUGACGACAUGUCUGCUCGGCGAGCAGCCAGCCUGUCCGAACAGCAACAGCAGCAGCAGCAGCAGCAGGAGGCAGAUCGAAGAUCCAUGCAGUCACCAUAUGGUGCAAUGUCUCUACCAGGGGGUAAGCCACAUUCAGCUUACUCUGAGGGCCCUGGAGUCGGUGUUAAGGAUAAGGGCCCUCAAACCUCGAAGUCCCGCAUUGAAGAGGAGCUUCGGACUCGUGGCAAGACAACUAUCACAGCUGCUAACUUCAUUGAUGUAAUCAUCACACGGCAGAUUGCCUCGGACAAAGACUCACGAGAGCGAGGCUCUCAGAGCUCUGACUCUUCCAGCAGCUUGUCAUCAAGUCGAUACGAUAACACCAGUGGAGGAGCCAUUGAGGUGAUCAGCCCUGCUAGUUCCCCAGUCCAGUCCCAACAGGACAAACCAGAAGAAGUACAACAGGCAGCAGCUGGCAUGCGGGCCUAUGACAUGAGUCGUUACCGGUCAUCAGGGGAGCCACCACAACCCAGUCCCCAGCAGCCCCCGUCCUCCCAGGCUGAUAGCUACUCCCAGAUCCCCAAGACUCACAGAGUAAUGACCUUGGCAGACCAUAUUUCGCAUAUCAUAACCCAAGACUUCGCCCGGAAUCAGGACCCUCCUCCAGUCUCCUCUUCAGCCUCGGCCACAUUCCAGAGCGUGGUUCCACCUGUGUCCUCUUCAGGUCGAGCUAAGGUGCCCAGCCGCUACAGUCCGGAGAAUCAGGUCCAGGCCCCGCACCACCAGAGACCCUCCAGCAGAGUGUCCCCAGAGAAUGCCCCUGACAAGCCCAGAGCCAGGCCUGGCAAAUCUCCAGAGCGAGGCGGCAGGCAAAUGGAAAACUAUGAACCCAUCUCUCCACCACAGAGCUACCAAGGCAUGGACAAACAGGACGCUGGUGGGCCUCCACAACAGAGGAGAGAUGCUGACAACUCAGAGAUCAGGAGUGACUCACGAUCCCCGGGGAGUGUCAGCUAUCUUCCGUCCUUCUUCACCAAGCUGGAGAACACCUCGCCAAUGGUGAAAUCCAAGAAGCAGGAGAUCUUUCGUAAGUUGAACUCCACCUCUGGUGUCGGUGAUUCUGAUGUUGGAAACGCUCAACCAGGCACAGAGAUUUUCAACUUGCCUGCUGUUACCAGCUCCAGCAGUAUCAACCCCAGGAAUCACUCCUUUAGUGACCCAGCCAGUAACCUGGGCUUGGAGGACAUCAUCCGCAAAGCCUUGAUGGGCAACUUAGAGGAGAGACAGGAGGAGCACCAGGGAGGAGUAGUGGCUCAGUGUGCCAUGAAUAACACAACUGGCACAGGCAGUGACGCCCGCCAAGAGGCCAACCCAUCACCUAGCAUGGGGAAGCAGAAGCAGGGCAAAGCCAACAGUCGAAAAUCCAAGUCACCUAACCUGGGUCAGGCCUACACUGGAGGGGAACGUCCCUCUUCAGUGUCCUCCGUCCACUCCGAGGGAGAUUAUCACAGACAAGCCCAAGCCCAACCCCAGUGGAGCUGGGACGACCGACCGUCAUCUGCAGGAUCCAUGCAGUUCCCUUACAACCCACUGACCAUGCGCAUACUGAGCAGCACGCCACCCACUUCCAUAGCUUCCCCCGCCAUACAGAGCCAGCAGCAGCAACAGCAACAGCAACAGCAGCAGCAGCAGCAGCCACCUCCAGCUGGAGCCCCGGUGGCCCAGCAGCGUGUGUGGCAGUCUCUGCUGUCAGAGCAAUAUGAGACCCUGUCUGACAGCGAUGACUGAGCCCUGCUCGCUACGGCCCCAAUAACCAGAAGAGAGGCCUGUGCUGAGGCUUGUCUGUUCAACCCCUCCUGUCCUAGAACUAACCUCGCUCACUGGCGAGUGUGACAAGUACAUGGGGUGGUGUCCUUUUUAUUUUUGGUGCUAUUGCGCCCCCUGGCUGUUAGCUAAGAGUACAAGCAGCGGCCUGUGACAGGCAGGGCUCUCCAGAACAAGGCUAGCUUUUGGUCCGGAAGCACUCACCCAACCUGUCGGGGAAAUAAACAGAACUCGACUGAGGGGACAUCAUGAGCUAUAGUGAAGAUGAAGAACUUACUAUGUAAAAAGAAACAGCAUAAGAGACUAUUUCUGAAUUUUGUUUGAUUUCUGUAAAGAUAUACCUUGUCUUUAAGAAAAUCAUUGUAUGUAAAUAUAGUAACCUUUUGCAGUGUUUUUCUUAACUUGAUUAUUUCUUAUUUUAAUGUCGCUUUUAAAUCGAUCCACUUUAAAUGGGAAGAGUAAGGAUGUAAUCUUUAAUAUCACAGUUGGUCUCUCCCAGUUCACCGCCACCCCACAUCACCUGACACCCACUCUAAUAUUUUUACCAUAGCGACGCUAAGAGAGACCGGACCUUUGGUUUGUACUUGACCAUGAGUGGAGCACAGAGAUUGUGCCACCCUGCGCGCCAUCCACCAAGCACCACCAGAGCCUGAACACCGUGGACAUUCGAGGAUGAAACAGAGUAACAUUUCAAACAGUAUUGAUAUUUGAUGCCUGUCUUCACCACAUAGUGGAGAUGAUGCAUGGAUUGUAACUAUCAGAUAGUAGAGGUAACUUCUCAUCCCAUUCGAGACAGAGAAAUGUUGAGUUGAGAACACUGGUGUCAUAGCAGAAAGGUGAAAAGUCUGAUAUAAGCUUAAUUUUGGAAAAGAGAACCUUAUGACUACUCCUGGACCCCGUCUGAAUAAUGAGAGUGAGCCAAUGUUUUUUUUUGUUUGUUUGUUAUUUGUUUUUUUUUCUCAAUAGAGCCAUGGUGUGUCACUUGUAGCUGUCUCUCUCUGCAGUUUCCAACCUGUCCAGAAUGAUCUGCUCCGCAACGUUGUCAUGGUAAAAAAACAAAAACAAAAAAAAGUAUGUCAGGUUUUGCCAUGCCUUGUGACUUGAGAAAGAAGGCAGCUUUAACUAAUUUUCUCAGAGAUAUACGUUGGUGUUUGAUGUUUGUAUUUGUUUCUGUAGUCCCUCUUUUUUUUUCCCUUCUUUUUUUUGAUACUGUCCUGACAGAAAUCUGAACUCUGUAAAUUGUCUUUCCAUUACAUAAAAGGCAAAACUAACCAAACAUAAAGAAUGGUCUGCACCAUUGUUGCACUUUUUUGCUUUGUAGCUUUUGACAAAAAAAAGCAUACUACCUGCUGUGUAACUUAUUCAAUCUCCAGCACAGGAGUAUACUAAGAUGUGCUUUAAGUUUUUCCCACCACUCACACAGUUCUGGAUGUUUUGACUUUCUGUCUUUUCUUGUAGCUGGUACAUGAUUUCGUAGUGUGACACUCACCAUUACAGUUUUAAGUGUAUGGUACAGUUAAAUGUUUAGGAUUUUGCUGUCAUGGUGAUUCAAAAUCAUGACCACUUAAUCUGUGCUUUCAUUGUGUCAGUCAACCGGCAUAAAGCUUUGAAUAUGAAUUAUAUUAGGUCAACUUCAUAAAUGGCAGUAAUGUUCCUUUGAAAGUCUUUUUUUUUUUUUUUUUAAAGAUAUGUGAAAGAAUACCAUGUUUUGGCUUUUUCAGCUUUCACUUUGCUCAGUUAACAAAUCCAUUCUGCUCUAAACUUGAUAUUUCCUUUGUUCCUCUCAUUUUGACUUUGAAUCAUUUGUCAUAGCACAUGUUCAGAUUUUUAUUUUCUGUCAUUUUCAACAUCUUUGUUAUUCAUCCUGUUUAGACGGGAUGUUAUGUGUUUACAAAGGCAAUGACAAAAAAAAGUUUACAAACUUGAAUCUUAAAGAAAUCCGACAUGAAGCCGAAAAAGAAUUGGAGCAUCUUUUCAGCUCUCUAACACACAGUGGUGACUUUUUUCUUUUUUUUUUUUUUUUGUCUUUUUGAAAUUGAGACUUGAAAACCCGUGUAUCCUAUGAUGUUGAAAUGCAAUGUUUGUAUCGCACAAUGUCUCUUAGUAGGCUAUUACAAGAGUUCAGACCAAUCAAAUAAAGUGGUUCAGUUCUCCACCACU